AGCGCCUCUUUCUUCACAUUUAUGGUAUUAUAGGACUUGUUGCAUCUGAUAGGAGCGGGUCCAAUCCCCCUCCCUUGCAGGCCGCUUAUAUUGAAAAGUAGCAGAGUGAUCUUCUUGACAGCGUUGUGCAACUCUCCAGCUCAUCCCAAGAUAUUUAACCCAACAGACUGCAUCAUUCCUACUGAAACAUCCCAUUACUUACAUCCAUUCUCGUGUUUUUCCAAGGCCUGACUCCACUCAAGCAAGCCAGAAUCGUUCAUAAUGGCCGCUAUCAAUGACCCGUCGUCCACCCCGAAACCAUCCCGCCUAUUCCUUGUCAGCAUGCCACGCACGGCAUCGAAUCUGCUCGUGAAGAUGCUCAACCUGCCAAACCAACACCAGUUACAUACCAAUUCCAGCAGUGGCUACUUCUUCACGCCAGCCUAUCGGCACGUCACCGAAGCAGGCGUGAUCGGGAAACCACUCAGCGAGUGGCCAGAAGACGCAAAGGCCAAGAUCCAGCAAACAUACCAGGAUUGUCUCGAUGACAUGGAAGAAUGCUCCCUGCGCGCGAAAGAGGGGAAGAAAAUCAUGUUCACCAAGGAACACGCCUUCUGGUUUGUCAAUCCCGCCGCGGUGUGGAAUGAGCCCGAGCACGCCGAUGCCUUCAAGCUCCGCUUCCCCGGCGGUGCGUCGCAGCAGACCUUCUCCUCGAAGAACAAGACCGUCCUGUCAGACGAGUAUCUCCGCACCUGGCAGACUGCAUUCCUCAUCCGUCAUCCAGCGCUCGUGUUCCCGUCGUUCUACCGCGCCAUGAACAAAAUCGACGAAAUCGAACCCACCCAGUUCUCCUCCUCGCAGGGAAACCUGAAAAACAACAUGACCCUGCAAUGGACCCGUUUGCUCUUCGACCACUGCUUGGAGCACUCGGACGAAUCGAACCGGCCUGUGGUGAUUGACGCCCUGGAGGUAAUCCACCGGCCGGAAACGGUGCUGAAAUUCUGCGCGUUGACCGGCCUAGACCCCGGGGUUGUGCAGUCUACCUGGGAGGACGCGAAGCUCAAGCCGGCGUCAGCCUGCCAGGAGAACCACUUACAACACCAUAGCACCAGUAGAUUUCGGCAAGUCAUGGGGUCUACCUUUACCCAAUCCAAGGGGGUGAUCAAGGACAAGACGCCCACGUCCAUUGAUAUGAAGGAAGAAGUCGAGAAGUGGAAGGGGGAAUUCGGAGAGGAGAAAGCGAAUGAAAUCGAAAAGGCCGUUUGGGCUGCAAUGCCGGACUAUGAGUACUUGCGAGGAUGGGCAAUCCAGGGCUAAAUCGGUAUUGGACAGGCAGGAGAAGAAUAGUUAGUUGAAACUUUCGCUUAGAAAAACACGGGAUUGGAAUUUAUUAUAUUGCUUCCAAGGGUAUCAACUAUGUAUAUAUAUAUAUGUACUCUUUGCUUUUGUUUAUUAAAGCCUACCAAAGCACUAUCCAGCCAUCCUGAUUAGCCGGGAUCUCAACACCUUCACAAUAUCCGGUGCGAGAUAAAAUACAUGAUAUAUCUACGG